AUGAAUCGCUUGGAGAAAGAACCCCGUGGGGAACGAGGCAGGAGAUUCGGGUCCGGGGAGACUUCCCACACGCUGGGACUGGCAGAAUCCACCUACCGGUACCGGUACUCUGUCCACACUGUCGAGGAGAAAGCGCGGCGAGAUCGCAUUUCCUCCAAUUCGCGCAUUGCUGAAGGCAACGUCGGUGCCAAAUCAAGGCGCGGUGCAAUUUGGCCGUUGCCUUCAUGCCUCCUGCUGUCCUCCCUUCCCACUACUCACGUGACCCCCCCACAGAAGUCAGGAGGACUCAAGGUGGCCACGCUGCCUGCCGCUCCUCGAUUCGGUAGCGCCCCAUGGGAGAACAUCGGCAAAACCAGGAUCCAAUGA